CGUUGCCAAUCAAUGUCGCUGAGAGCUGUUGUUGAUGGAUGACUAUUCCUAUGCAAAUAGCAAAUGGAAGUUCGUUUCGCGUGCAGGAGCCGCGACUAAUUCAAUCAGAGGAGCGGGAGCAGGCAGCCUGGAGCAAUGAGCUGCUCCGGGACUAGGCCACCGUGUCUUGUCUUGCCGAAGAAAUGCAAAUGCAUAGGGAAAGUUACAGGUGGAUCGGUGGGCAGGGAGCUUAGCGAGUCCUGGGGGAUCCAAACAACCAAUCAUUGUUUGGUCGAUGGGAAACGCAGCCGGCUCGUUUCGGUGGUUCGAAGCCCGGUUAAUAUUCAAAUUAAAUCGAGGGGGAAUACGACCAAUAUGCGCUGCAAGUGAACAGUCGGGCGGGUAGUUGGCCCUGUCGUAGUUGUCGUCGUAGAGUCCCCAGUUCCGGCCAGCUCAAAAACAUAAGUUCCUUCCUAUUGUCAGUCGCAGAACAGCAGCAGAAGAACCACGGCCAUAGCAGCGCAAACGAACAGGGAAGCCAAGCAACUCAUCAUGGUACAGAUUUCGCAGACGGAGGAGGACAUCAAGAUCUCCAUCGAACUGAAUCGUCUGGUGACCCGCAAGCCGGACGUUGUUCUCCUUCCGCAGUACUUAAAGUUUAACAAUCCACCCAUUUUCUUUGAGCGUCAUCUGGCCCAGGAGAUCGACGAGAUGGCCAGCUUUUGUCGCAUCUUUAAGAACGAAGCCCGCAUUGUUCUGGUUAAGAAAGAGAAGGGCUUAUGGCCUGAGAUGUUCCAGAAGCUGGACAAGGAGGCACUCAUGCAGAAGCGCUUGGAGAUCGCCGACCUAAUCGUGGAGCGCAACAAGAAGCGGGAUGAGAAGGCACUGGAACGUUACGACAACAAGCGGCGGGCGGAGAUCCAGAAGGAGAUCCAGCGGGAGACAGAUAUGCGCGAGCGUGUUAAGCAAUUUCAGGAGAGCUCGGUGCGCGAAGCUCUGGUGGUGGAUGUACGCAAGGAGGCGAAAGCUGCGCCCAAGCCAGAUACACUGCAGUAUCCGCCAUCGUCGGGCGCCAGUCGCCUGGCCACGCCUAUCAUGCGUCCGCCCAUGAGCUCCGUGCGCGGCAGCGGACGGAUCAACGUAAACUUCACCACACAGCACAAGCGGACCACGCCGAAGCGGGAGUCGCAGGCCGCCAUGGAGAAGGCGUAUGCCGCCGCCGGUGGACCCAAUGCGAAUGUCCAGUCACCGAUGGAGAGUGUGGAUGAAUGAGCGUUUCAUGUCAAUUUGUGCAUGCGUGUGAGACUGUGCUAAUAUUCCUAUUUUAUUAUUGCAUCAAAUAAAUCUACAGGUGUUUGCUUUAGUUGAAUCAGCA